UCUCUCUCUCUCUCUCUCUCUCUCUCCAUCCACCUCUAGGGUUUUUGGAAGCAGAGUGGAAAAAAAAAGCAAACAAAAGCGAACCUCUCAGGCUCUGAAGAACAAAGAAAAAAACACAGACAGGUUAGGGUUUAGUAAAAUUUAUCAUCGGAAUCAAUGGGACGAGGAAAGUACAAGAACAAGCCCACUGGCAAACGCCAGUUCUCCACUCCCGAGGAUAUCCUUGCUGGUACCUCCACCCGUCCUCGCACUUUUAGACAGCAUGAAGCUGAACAUCAAGAGGAAGAAUCUAGGGAAGAGUCUGAUGAAGGAUCUGAAGAAGAAUCUGGAGAAGAAUCUGAAGAAAGCUUGGAGAAGCGGAAAGGCACACAAGGCAUUAUUGAGAUUGAAAAUCCUAAUUUGGUAAAGCCAAAGUCCUUGAAAGCAAGAGAUGUUGAUUUAGGGAAAACAACUGAACUUUCCAGGCGUGAAAGAGAGGAGUUAGAGAAACAGAAAGCUCACGAGCGGUAUAUGAGAUUGCAAGAACAGGGGAAAACAGAACAAGCGAGGAAAGAUUUAGAGCGUUUAUCCCUUAUACGUGAACAAAGGGCAGAAGCUGCUAGAAAGCGAGAAGAAGAAAAAGCUGCCAAAGAACAGAAGAAGGCUGAAGCUCGCAAAUGAUCUUUGUGGAUAGGUUAUGUCAAGAAAUUUAUACUGUUGAAAAAUUGAUGCCAGAGGAUUUGUGCCUGUCCUUCAUUCAAGAAAUUUCUGCCUUUUGUUUUACUUGCUAGUUCAUUUAUAAUUCAACAGUAUAAAUUGUGCUACUAACUGUGCAACAAUUUUUAUUGUAUUUUGGAUUAGUAAUUUAUUUGACUAUGUUCGUGUCUUGAAACACCUUGAAAUUUAUAGUUUUCCAAAA